AAAACACAUGACACAUGGUCUCUCCGCAACAUCUUGACACAGACGAGUCUGAUUUUGGCAUGAUUUUAUGAUUUGAAUGACACAUUAUCCUGGGUAACUACUAAAUAAAUUAAUAUACUUCCCUCCGUAGAGUCACAUUCAGAUUCCCCUCUGGUUCAUCUUUCCUCUGAACCCGUCUUGUGUCGUGACUGACAUUAUCACAGGCACACCAUUAGCACGAGUGACUGUUUGACUGUGGUUUGAAACUCGCUAGGCUACUUCUACUCCACGUUACCUGAAACGGCACCACAGAUUUCCAGACAUCCGUGAUAUCAGCUUCAGACCACUUUGACGCAGCUGUCGGGGACGGUACCUAUUGGCUGACUUUGUGCCCUGACCACACGGAGCGACCAAUCCAAAGCCAGCCUAGGUUCAUGACCCUAUACAUUUCUCCCGAGGCUUCGAUGCGAAUCUGUUCCAUGAAACCAUUUUACGGGCUAGCCUGCCAUCUUGUGCUCAUUAAUGCCAAACGCUUUGGUGAUGGAUGUUGCCCCGGAGCGGCUCAUACGAGACAUGUUGUUUGUAUUCUUUUUCUGCAGAGAACAUAACUAUAUUUUACAGCGUGAACAUGAAGAGAAUGUAUAGGCGUUGUUUAUUUUUUAAAAUUAGAUACAGUUUGGUACUAUAUCUGUAAAAUAUGUAGGCUGCAUGAUUCAUUACAUGAUUCAUAUGUAUAUCAUUAUGUUUGUACUUAGUGUCAUAUGGAGCAUAUUUCAGCAUAUUUUUCUUAUGCGUCCUUGAUGGUGAUCUUAUUUAAUCGUUUAUCUAAUGCAUUCAUUUAGCAUUUUUGCAUAACCCGAAAUGACAAAAUCUGAUCUAAAACAUUGUACAGUGACCUGAAAAUCAAAGCAAACUUGUGGAUAAUUCGUGACCGUAUUAUAUAAUGUGCGUCACAUUUUCUCUCAACCAUAUGUUCAUGUCUUUUGUCCUACCCAGCGCCUCAAGCCAUGAAACCAAACAGUUAUGAUUAAGUUGUGCACAAAGCAGAGGAUCUCUUCAAAAAGUCCCCCUGGAUCUGAGUAGGCAAAUAGUGACUGUCCCUCUCUUUUCUGCUGGUGCUUUGAGACAUCAGAUAAGGAACAUCAACCUCCACCAUCUGAUUCUCAGCACCAAACAGAAGAGUGUGGCACUGAUACGCCUGAAGUUGUGAGCGAGAAGCUGCAACGUGAUGGAGGUUGAGAAUAAAGAAGGAACCGAGAGCCCUCUGCCCAACGGCAGCACCCAUCCACCCAAACGUGGACGAGGCAGACCACGGGGGUCGCUCAAUAAGAAGUUCACUACCGAGAAAGCGCCGACACACAAUGCCAGGCCAUCUAAAAAGGUGGACUUCUUUUCUCCCGACAUAGUCAUAAAGACCAAGGUGAGGAAACGUGGUCGACCAAAGAAGAUAAAAAUGCCCGGCAGGCCGAGAAAGAUCCCGCUCACACCUGAGGAAGAAUCAGAGAGACUUCACAGGUUGAGUUUACAGCGCAAGAGGAGACUGUCAAAGCCGCUCGGAAGACCACGCAUUCAUCCCAUCGCCGAAGAUCCCAAGGUAAAAAGAGGAAGGGGCAGACCACGAGGGUCACCCAAUAAGAAGGUCACUGCCAAGAAACACAGUGCCAGGCCAUCAAACAAGAUGAACAACUUUUCACCUGACAAAGACACAGAGACCAAUGUGAAGAAACGUGGUCGACCAAAAAAGAUAAAACUGCCUGGUAGGCCAAGAAAGAUCCCGCUCACGCCUGAGGAAGAAUCAGAGAGACUUCACAGGUUGAGUUUACAGCGCAAGCGAAGACUGUCAAAGCCGCUCGGAAGACCACGCAUUCAUCCCAUCACCAAAAGUCCCAAGGUAAAAAGAGGUAGAGGAAGACCACGCAAGUACGGUGCCAAAUCCGGUUCGCAAAGUGGCGGAGCCAAACAAGCUGGCGUUGAAAUCAGCCUUGAUGCCGCCAGCGGCCCUCCACGAAAGAGAGGGAGGCCAGCGGGCUCGUUGAAGAAAAAGAGGGGUUGUCCUGCAGGUUCUACCAAGGUUGCAAGCGGAGACAGUCAAAGCCCCUUGGAAAACCAAGCAUAAAUCCCAUCAUCGAAGGUCCCAAGGUAAAAAGGGCAAGAGGAAGACCGCACAAGUAUGGCGCUAAAUCUAGUUCGUAAAGUGGCAGAGACAAAUUAGCUAGCGUCAAAAUCAGCCUUGAUGUCGCCAAUGGUCCUCCACGAAAGAGAGGGAGGCCUCAAUGUCUUGUUUUAAUGGAUAAGGUAGAGAAAAUCUACAAUUGCAAAUUGUGUUUGGAAAGAUGGGAAUAUACAAUGCUGAAGAAAUCAUAUAAAAAAAGAAAAAAGAGUGAGAUGAGGACUAUUAAUGUCUACAACCUCUUGUUUUUCUUCAUUCUGCGUUUGAAGGACGUUUCCCAGCUCUGGAGAAAAUGUCACUAUAAUAGGGAAGUUAAAGGGAUAGUUCACCCAAAAAUUAAAAUGUUAUGUUUAUCUGCUUACCCCCAGG